UCGUCGCCAUGAGCGAGCGGUUGUGACGCAGCUCAGUUAUUUCCCAUCGGCGUUUGUAUAUAAUUGUGCAGUUCUUUGUGUUUUACUGUGUAUCUGAGCAAAUAAAUGCUUUUGGGUUUACGGAGAUAGCAUUUUUUUCUAUUAUCUGCACAGUAGGUCAUUUUCCAAGCAUUACAUUGCUCAUGAGUUCAGUAAAUUUAUGUGUCAAUCGGAUUAAUUAUUGUGCCGCUACCAAUUAGGUAGCUUUAAAGUAGCUCGGAUUUGCUUUAAUGGUAGUAAAUUCAAACACGUGAAAGAAUGAGAGGGGUUUGAAAAGCCGUGUUAAACACGAUGAAUGAGGAAUUGAUGCUAAAAAUAGGUGGGUGUCUGAUAUUUUUGAAUGUGUCUAUAAAAAGUGCUUAUAUUUUCGUUUGUGAAGCGUAUGAAAUAGAAUAAGUAGGACACCGGUCGUGAAGGCGCUCGCGUUUUAAAAUACGAUAGGAAAAAUCUGCCGUCGACGUUUGUUUGUAACACAACAGGAGCAAAUAUAUGCAUACGAGCUUGUUUGGUGAAGUUUGAGUAAUGCAAGUUAUGUUAGCGUUCUUCAAAAGUAUUCUACAUGUUGAAUAUAAGCAAUAUGGUAAAGCAGUAGGAUAUAAUAACCUACAUAUUUAGUGUCAAAUUAUCAUAUAUUGAUGCGACGGCGUGAUUUGCGUUUUGGUGGCAACAUAGAAGAAAACAAAACCGUACAAAAUAAGUGAAUGUUUGUAAUAUAUGUAUAUGAUAUUUGAUAUAUGAAUGUAUGACUAUGGCUCUCAUGAUAAAGUAUGUUUUUAUCAAUAAUGUAAUUGCCAUUAUGCGGUGAAUCCCAAAAAUGGUGCUAUAUGAUAACAGGAUCAAUCAGUUCAACAAGUGAAGUACUCUCUAUGAGACAAUGUUCAACAAGCAUAAAAGUUAUGCGUAUUCUUCCAUUUGAAUAGUCAGUUACAACAAACGCGUUGAAAGUGUAACUAGCGGUGCAAAGUAAUUACAAACAAUACCAAAGGAAAGAUCAAUUUUAAUCUAUGGCGAUGGCAGACGAUACAGCCUCGAACAAUCGCCCACCAUACAAAAAACGAAGCUCAUCAAUAUCAGCACCAGUAUGCGCUAGCAUGGAGACAAUCAUAAGUCCACCCUCUGAUGCUGGUACACCUGAAAGUGGCACCCCUGGAAAUCGACGACGUAGGCCGGCUACCAGGUCUCAGAGCGCGCGAAUCACUGGACCUAGAUCAGUACGGCGAAAACCACAGCCGCCUCCUUCCACACUUCAAGACUCCAAAGGCCAUUGCACAAGUGAGCCGCGAUUAAAUGAUUCUGAAACGCCACCGCCUCAAAAGCGUCGAGGAUCACAGCGGAGAGCUACCCAAAAUACAGACAGGAGAGUGCAAAAUGUGCGUAUGAAACUAGCUACCAGGAAGUCGAACGCCUUUUUAGAUGUACCCCAAAUGAAUAUGCAACACCUUCAAAUCGAUAAUCAGGAUGAUGACGACAAUUAUAGACUGAGAACUUUUAGCUCAUCGAAGCAGGGCGUAGUUAAUCGUGGAGACUCAUUUAGAAGACGAAGAUCCAGAAGCAAUAGUUUAGCUCCUACUAGUCCAAUGUGUGCUCCACAGGAAGUACUACCUCCUAAUAAUGGACCCAUCGAUUCAUUUCAAGUUGCAAUGGUUGGCGCUCCAGGUGUUGGCAAAGGAGCUUUGCUGUCGCAAUUCAAAUCUUCUGAGUGUAUCAAUGCUUAUGAUACCAGGGAAUCUCCUGGACAACAAAAUAUUUCAAUCAUUCUGAAUGGAGAAGAAUCAGAGUUACGAUUUAUUACAGAUAAUACAGGCAAUAAGGAAGAGAUGGCGAAGGCAGAUGCUUUUUUGGUAGUAUUCUCUGUAGUCGAUAAGGCAACCUUUAAUCGAGCAGAGCAGUUAUUGAAUAUGUUACACGAUAUGGAUCUCACUCGUACGAGACCUACAAUUCUAGUUGCCAAUAAAAUUGAUUUGGCUCGUUCACGUGCAGUAUCUUCUCAAGACGGUAAAUGCAUGGCUUGCACUCAUAGGGUUAAGUUUAUCGAGGUGUCAGUUGCAAUUAAUCAUAACGUCGAUGAACUAUUGGCCGGAGUUCUAUCUCAAAUAAGACUCAAAAAAGCAUACUGCGCUGUGCAAGGAAACCGGGAGUCAUCACCUACGCAUUGGUAUAAAAAUCGCAGCGUAUUGCGUGCUUCUAUGAAAGCUCGUCAAAUGAUAACGUGGAUUUUUGGCAAAGAAGACUCGAAAUUUAAAAAUUGUGAAAACUUGCAAGUUUUAUAAGCAUUUGAAAUCUUUAUAUUCAUAAGAUCUUAUGUUUAUUAUCUAUAUGUUUUAAAUUCAGGUCAACGCCAAUCCUUCCUUUGGAACUCUAAGCACAAUUUUGGGUCUUCAUAGUUAACCGUAUAAGUGUCAAAUUACUUUUGGCAUGCAUAGUGAUAUUAUGGAU